AUGCACCUUUCCGCCAUCUCACGACGCAGACCUGUACCUCCAUUUGCCAAUCACACGCCCAGAGCAUUCGAGUUUCAAAAGGUCGGCAACUUACAUCAGUCUUCAGCAAUGUUCGGUCCAACCGGUAUGGCGGUCCCUGUCAUGCUGCCAGCUUCCUCAGCCAAACCCUUGAAUCCUGAUGUACCUGCGAGUGAGGGGAGCAGUACGGGAGAUGGCGUCAGCUAUGCUAGCUCUCGAGCAGACGUAAAGUCGCAGGAUACGACUCGUCCAUCAUCCUCUGAGAUUGGUCCUGACGAAGAAAGCAGGAAUCCCUUCGUCGACAGGAUGAUGACCCAAACCAACCUUCUCGUCUUGCCUCCAUCGAAUCCAUCUUAUCAGAUGGCCUACUUUCUCAAGACCACUGGGCCUGUGAAGGAACCUCCACCGAAAGAAGCCAAGUCUAAACGGAUCUCGUCUGCCAUGCGCAUCUUCAAAAGCAGUAGUAGACAUCCCUCAAAUUCAACAACCGCAGCUCAUAUGAGGCUUAACCAAGUCAUCUCAGAGGAGAAAGAAGUUCCUGAGUUCCAAACCCAGCCCGCAGAUGACACCUCUCAGACGUCCAAGAAGUCUUUGCUACCAACAGCGCAAAGACUGCCAGACGUCGUAGUUCCGAAAGUGUCCAAAACUGGCAAGAAGUAUUUUGAAAUUGAACCAGCCAACCAGAAGGCGAAGGUUGACACUCCAGCAAAAGCUGAGUCUAGGGUCUCCGUUCUCGUUACAGAUCAGCUCAGCACAGACAGCCUCCACGAUUGGGUCUUGGGCUUCGAAGCCCCUGCAUCGGACACCACCUCUCAAGUGCACGAAGGACCAGAAGCACUCAGAGGAUGGCCUAUCAAACGUAUCUCCCAAACAUUACCACACGAGGAAAUCGUUAGCGUCCUUGACCGCAAAGCAGCUCCAGUGCGUCCCUUGUUUCUUGGCACAAAGGCCCGUACAAUGACUUCAGGAGGUGACAGACACGUUCGUGUGAUACGCGGGAAAACAGCACCUCUCCGAAGCCAUCCAGUAACUCCUGGGCCAGUACCAAGCAUGCCACCUCCAACUUUGCCAGAGGAGGAAGGCAGCCCACCUGCGAUCGACCCGGUCAAAUCAGCAGCUCUUGCCCAACCAAGGCCCAGAAGACUAAGUGGCAAUGUAUCAGUGCUCCAGAGAACCUCUAGUGAUGUGACUGGUCAUCGUUUGCUGCAUCCUUCACGACAAGGUGUAAGAUCGGUCUCAAACAGCCCUGGACCUCCACCUCCCCGCAGUCCAUUGCGAUUGUCGAUACCGUCGGAGUCUCUAGGCGAGAUGUUGGGCAGGUCAAUUGCGGAAAGCAGUCCCGACACAUACGUGAAAGACAAGAAACCAGUAAACGAAGAGCAAGCAAUCCGUGUGACAAAAGAAGCGGCCGUGAUCUACGCUGCUCGAGAGCAAAGGGACGAUGACCUACCUUCCUUCCUUCGGCCAGGCAGCAGUGGAACCAGCAGUGAUGUCUUUUGCACAAACACGACCCAUUCGAAGGCAAGUUCUUCGAAGCCUCUCGAACUCAUCGACGCCAUGGUCAAAGCAUCGCAGCAAAACACAUCACGCCGCCGACUCCGCAGAGCCAGACCAGAGGGCCCGCGGCCGCUUGACUUGAGCAGUUCGCAUUCACAGCACUCCCUUGAACGCGACCAGAAGCCAGAUGGAUAUUGUACAAGUCCACUUUCCAUUAAGCGCACAACGAGCAUAGGCGACUUUUCGGAAAACUAUCGAAUCAUCGCUACGACUGCUUCGCCCUCGCCUAGGAUUAGUCAUGUACGCGUGACCCCAAGCGCAAGAGGCAGGAACAGUCCGGUGCCACGAGGCAAGACAAGCAAGCGUAGUCGAGGGUCAAAGAGUGUGGCUUCGACACCUUCACGGGCAGGCAGUGCUUCGAAGAAGAGUCGACAGCCGACCACGCCAGAAUUGCCGUCACCACCUCCAAAGAAGGAGUUGCCACCCACUCCACGCGCUAAAAGCAAUGGCACCUCGCGAUCAGAGGACACGGUAGAUGCAGGAUUAGCGAGGGCCAGCUCAGCCAAAGACUUACCUGCACCACCAGCCGACGAGAGUGUACGCAGUAUGGUAUUCCCAUCACCACCAUCAAGUGCAAAGACGGCCAGGUUCAAGUUGCAGCCAGGCGAAAGCAGCCCUGUCACGAUUGAAGCAAGGAUGGAGGCACUCGAGCGCAGGAACAAGUUGUUGGAAGCGGCACUGUCAGCGGUGCUCAAAACGGGAGGCAUGCUCAACGGUUGCCCUUGCCAGGUAUCCCAUGCACCUGGACUCGGAUGUCAGGAAGCAGCGACGAGCGAGACACUGGUGGCGCGAGGCAGUGUACGCAGCAGAGUUAGCUCUGGCAGUAACAUGUCGAGCGCGCUCGAUGUGUAUCUGAACACAAGAGGGAAGUGA